AUGACAUCAACAGCAGCUAAUAUCGAAACUACCGAUGUAAGACGCCGAAAUUUAUUACCAAGUCGAGACAUCGUUGCAAGCACCGCAGUGGCUUCACCGGUUUAUCCAUGCGAUGCGAAAAAUUCACCAAAUUAUAUGAUUUACUGUCAGGGUGAACUGCUACAUGCCGUAUCAUUAAGUGAUAUUUUCAAAGAUCCGAAGACAUUCGUGGAUAAACCGAUGAAGAAAGAACCGGAAGAGAUAAUCAGCGCAUUCAAUCAAAAAUUCCCUUCCCAAAUUAGCAUCGAUGAUCGAAAAGCGCUGCUUUCUUUUGUUGAUGAAUAUUUUGAUGUCGAAGGAAGUGAUAUUGAGGAGUGUCCGGAAGAUACGAUGGAAGACUGGAACGAUGAGCCGGAAUAUCUGAUAGCGAUCGAAGAUCAAGAACUACGUCAAUUUGCAUUGGAAAUCCAUGCACUGUGGAAAAAACUCUGUCAUAUUGUUAAGCCGGAGGUAAAGGAUAAUCCGAAACGUUAUUCAGCAUUAUAUUUGCCACAUGAAUUCAUGAUAGCAGGUGGACGAUAUCGUGAAUUUCAUUACUGGGAUACUUAUUGGAUCGUUAAGGGUUUACUUGCCUCAGGUAUUACAGUAUCUAUUCCGUUUUUUUUCCAAGGUAUGCAUGAUACUGUAAAACAUAUACUUCAAAAUUUCAAAUAUUUGAUUGAAAAAUAUGGAUAUAUACCAAAUGGUGGUCGUACUUAUAUGCUACAGCGUACCCAACCACCGUUUUUUAUUCCAAUGGUUUACGAAUAUCACACUGUAACGGCGGAUGAUGAAUUUCUGCUGAGUGUUAUGGAUGCUAUGGAAGCGGAAUUUGCAUUUUGGAAAAAAUAUCGGACAAGAACAAUUUCAAAAAAUGGCAAAAAUUAUACGGUAUUUCAAUAUAUUUCUCCUGUAAAUACGCCUCGUCCAGAAGCAUAUCGUAGCGAUUUUCUUGCGGCCGGAAAUGUUCCGGAGAUUAAACGUCGACAAAUAUGGAGUGACAUCAAUAGUGCCGCCGAAUCCGGAUGGGAUUUCAGUAGUCGAUGGCUUAGCAAUAGUAAAACAAUGGAUACUAUUGAAACAUCGAAUAUUGUACCCGUUGAUUUGAAUGCUUUAAUGUGUUGGAAUAUGGAAAUUUUAGCACACUUACACGGAGAAAUCGGUGAUUCAAGUCGUCGAGCAAAAAUAAACACUGAAAGGGCAAAAUUUGUUGACACAUUUGAAACGGUAUUUUUUGAUGAUCGUGAAGGUUCAUGGUUUGAUUUCAAUUUAAAUACCGGUGAACGUGUGGAUGAUACGUAUCCAUCCAUAGCUGUUCCCUUAUUUACCGAAUGUUAUAGCAGUUUAAACAAUCCAAUGUUAGUUGAAGUAUUAGGAACGUUACAACGUAAAGGAUUAUUACAAUUCCCCGGUGGCAUACCUGCAAGUUUGAUUCGUAGUUCGAAUCAGCAAUGGGAUUAUCCUAAUGGUUUUGCUCCAAUCAAUCAUAUGGUAAUCGAAGGUUUACGGAAAUCAAAUCAUCCAGUUAUGCAACAAAAGGCAUUUGAAUUAGCAAGUCGAUGGAUCAAUCGAAAUUACGAAGUUUAUCAAAGCAAUCAUAAAUUGUGGCAACGAUACGAUGUAGAAAAAGAUCAUAUACGAUCGGCAAAAAAUGACGAUUUUAAUAAUGAGGAAGGCUACGGAUGGACAAAUGGUGCAUUGUUGGAUUUAAUGGUAACGUACAGUAAACGAAUUCGCGUUUCCGACAAGAUUGUUACAGCGGACGUAUCCGAAAUAAUAGAUAGCGAACCAAUUGAUAUAUUAAUCAAAAAGUUGGAAGAUGUAUUCGGCUCGUGGAUAUCCGUAAAGAAACGUUUAAUACGUAUUGCUUCUU